UCUUUCUGCUGUCUCAGACACAGAGCACCAAUGUGCAACUAGAGGAAUUAGCUGUUAGCUAUUAGCUAUUAGCUAUCCACGUCUUCACUAAGAAGAAGACCCACACCCCACCCCCCAUCCCCACCCACCUAUCACUGCAGGGUGGGAUGGGCAGGGGCUGGGUUAGUUAGCCAGGGACUCGAGGGUUAGCAACAGGGCAGGCGAUGCCAGAGAGUAAAGGACGAGAACAAGGACGAGGUGCAACUGGGUGCUCGCAGGGCAAGCAGAAGCUGAGGAAGGGAGGCAGCCGUUCAGCCAUCCCGGCACUCUUCACCAUCACUGAGGAAGAGGAGGGACAGAGACGGAGAUAUGCUUGCAGGAGGAAGAAAAGAGCGUCUUACUCCCAGUAUAAAUCGGAGGAUGGCAGAGCGUCUUCAGCCACCCACCCCAGCUCCUCGGGCUCUGGGCAGACCUACACUCCCAUCCUGACCCCUACCCCCACCCCGACUCGCACCACAACCAGCAACAGCCCCAGUAACAAUGCUGCCACCAAAACAGUUGUUUGUGUUGCAGACUCGUUGCUCUUCAACAAGAUUGACGAGAAACAGAGGUUAGCUCGUGAGCGCCGGGGGGAGCGUGAGAAGCAGAAUGCUGUCAAGGAGGCCCAGUGGCAGGCGCGUGAGGAGCGAGCCAGGCAGCACUAUGAGAAGCACCUGGAGGAGAGGAGGAGAAGGCUGGAGGAGCAGAGGAUAAAGGAGGACAAGAGACGGGCUGCCGUGGAGGAGAAACGACGGCAGAAACUGGAGGAGGACAAGGCCCGUCAUGAGGCAGUGAUACGUCGGACGUUGGAGAGGAGCCAGAGAACCAGACAGAAGCCCAACCGGUGGUCUUGGGGAGGGGCACCGCACACAAACACUCCCAGUACACCAGCCGGUUUUGUCGAGUCGGCUUUUCUCUAUCCACUCGACCUUGCUGGACUGGAGCACAUGCAGAGUGCUUUCAGUCUCUACCGCAGAUACGGAAUGACCUCCCAAUAUGCUGACAGGCGGUCAGUGUCCACAAUGAAUUUAUCCAAACAUACUGACCCUGUUAUUACCAAGCGCCUCUCCUACUCCUCUGCCACACUUCUACACUCACCAGACCGAGGCUUACAGAUGAGAACAGCCUCCUCUCCUGUCAUUAACAAAGCUCAGUCCAAACCCCGCCUACACCAGGGAAAGACCAUCCAGCACAAAAACACAGGCCUGCGCCGUCUUCCACUGACGCCAUGGGAGAGCAAUGUGGUGAACCGCCUGCAGCAGCCAACACACUCCUACUUGGCUCGUAGCCGCAGUGCCAUGAGUCUGUCUGGAGAGCAAACAGCCAUGCCUGUGUGUCCUCGCUCAGUGUCCUGCCACCCCAUGGGCUCCAUGUCCUUCAAGGCCCUGCAGGCCCAGCCGCUUCCUCACUGCCGCAGCCAUGAGAGGAGCCUCAGCAGGGAGACGGCCGCAUCUUCCUCCAAGACUGCCCGCAGGAGGACCACCGGCACCACACCGCAGAAGGACUGUGACCAUGUCAGGAAGUCGUGGAGCAACCUGUCACUCCCAUUGGCUCCCAUUCUGACUUUGCCUCCCAACAAGCGCUCCUCUUCUCCGGGCAAGAAGAACAGCAGAGUGACAGCACCCUCUCCUGGCAGACCUAAUCAAAAGUCAGCAGGGCGCCCUCCGACCCCCAAGCUGCUUAAGUCUCCGGGGGCAGAGGACCCUGGAAACCUUCGUCCUUUCAGGAUCACACCCGAGAGCCCCCAACCCACCAGAGCCCAAGGAGAGGAGGAAGAAGAGCAGGUCCUCAGUCCUCCUCAGCCUCGACCUCAGCCACUGGGUCAGAACAAGACCAGUAGUGAGCAGACACCACCAGCAACACCAACAGCAGCCAGCGAGAGUGUAAGCAGUCCUCCAACCUACAAGCCCUCAGCAGGCACCACCGAUCCAGAGGAGGCGAGUCGUAUCCUGGCUGAGAAUCGUCGGCUGGCCCGCGAGCAGAGGGAGAGAGAGGAAGAGGAGCGCAGGCAACAGGAGGAGCAGGCGAGGUUAGCAAAGGAGGAGAUGGCUCGCCGUAAGGCCGAGGAGCGAGCAAAGAGAGAGGAGGAGGCUCAGCGUCAGGCGGAAGAGAGGAGAAGGAAGGAGGAGGAGGAGAGAGAGGAGGAGGAAGAGAGACUUCAGAAAGAGAGAGAGGAGGCAGAGAGACAGAAAGAGGAGGAAGAGUCUCGACAGAGAGAGGAGGCAGAGCGACUGAGGCAGGAGAGAGAGAAACACUUCCAGAAAGAGGAGGCUGAACGCCUGGAGAGAAAAAAGCGUCUGGAGGAGAUCAUGAAGAGAACAAGACGUUCAGACACAGCGGAGAAGAAAGUUGUUCCUAACAGGAACGGAGACAAUGCAGUGACUGCCGCUCCCAGUCCAUCUGCAGCGACUGUGUCACUGACGCACAAUAGCAACGGCAACGCUCGCCAACCUGACCCCAACCCAAACCCCAACACCUCCGCACUGAGCCAUCCUGACCAGAGGGAGAACGGGGAGUUUGAAGAGGUGAUUGUACUGCCUUCACAUUCCAGGUUGUCUCCUCCUGAGGGACAGGAGCAGCAGCAGCAGCAGCAGCAGCAAGAGGACGAGAGAGUUUCUGUCAUAGCCUUCAGGGAGAACGGUCUGCUAAAGCCUCUGAGCGGAAUAGAAGAUAUAUCAGCCCAGCAGGGACCAGAUGUUGCGUGAAGCCCUGUAGACCGAGAUGAUUCCAUAGCCAGAGAGACAGGAAGUGAGAAAGUCAGAGAGAGGUAACGCAGAGCUGCCGGACUGAAUCAAAGGAAGAACUCGCAGCAUCACAGCCAAACCCUUCCAGAGGUUUACUUUCUCACCCUCCCGCGACAGAAGAGCACCGCAGCAAUUUCCCAAAGAUGGUGUCUCCAAAGAUCUCCCUAAAUCAUCUCCAGAGCGAAGUUACGUGUCCCUCAGCAAACUCUCUGGGGAGCAGACAGUCUCUGUCUCUGACCAUGAUUACACUCGGUCAUGAUGUUCUGUGUACAGCCCCUACCCCUCAUUCUGAAGUGAAUGUCCUGAAAUCACAGGAGGGCAUUGAACGCCUAUUCCAUCUUGUGACUCUCGUGGUGUGUGUGUGUGUGUGUACGUGUGUGAAUGAAAGACUGAUCAUAAUGUAAACUGAGAUCAGCUGUAAAGUCUUCAGCCAUGAUACUUGAAGAGGUUUUUUUGUUGCUGUAGAACACACUAUAAUCAUGUGACGUUAUAACUGGAGCUCGCACCACUGGCUCCGAAUUACAAGGUUUCAUCAACGUGUUUGCCCUGUAAGUGGAACCUCAUAAUUCUCAUUUUCAACAAUUCUAUUGAAAUGUUACAAAAGAGAUGGGAAAUAGGAAUGAAGUUCAGUGCAUGAAGUUGUAUUAAGUCUACAGGAAAGUGUCAUGUAAUGUAAUAUAUUUUUGCUGUGUCUCCAGUGUUUAAGACUAGAGGUUGUUAUUGGGUUGAGGCAGGGUUCUUGGCCAAUCAUGGAGAACAAUACUGUUCUCAACUGAGAAUUAGGUUGUAAACUACUGAUUUUCUGGUUUAGUUUUAUUUAAUUGCUGUACAGAUAAAAUGUGAUUCUUUGUUUUUUCCUCAUCCGGUCUUCACUUUCUGUUCAAAUUGAGAAAAAAAAAUCUGCUUUGACGUUUAGUCCUGCCCUUUCCUUUCAUUUGUUAUACCCUUUACAUUUACCCCAUCAUUGCCGCAUCCUACAUCCUGUCACACUGUCUAACUCGGCCAGCACUGUCGGAGGACUCCGCUGUAGUUUAGCCACCUUGCGUUGGUGGUUGACUUUUGUUUUGGCCAAGUGAGUAUGAAAUGGAUUAAAAUAAUUUUACUGGUUAUGUUAAUUCUGAAAUAAUAUAAUUCAUUUGAUCUUUUUGAUUAAGGAUUUGAGAAGAAAUGCUGCUAAUUUUGAUGUUCCUUUGCCUUACCGCAUCGUAGGAAGAAUGAGGUGACUUGUCUGUACUCAUUGUCAAUGAAAUGAAGAUAUGCAUUCCCAGCAUGAGCUUUGGCAUUCUGGCCACAUGCCCAAAGUCUACAGUGGCUUCUUUUUCUUUAUUUAUGUUAAAAGUGAAACAUUACAAUGAAAUGUUAUGUCAGUCUGUAAAUGAUAUCAUAUAAGAGCUAUCAUGUAAAACAACUGGUCCUUAAAACAUAGGACUAACUUUGCACUUAGUUUCCUCUUUGGUCAAAUCUUGCAGUACCACCAAAAUGGAAGGAAACUUCAGAAAGAUUACCCAUGUCGUGGUUAUGUAGCACUGGUCUCUGCCAGCCGUACAUAGCAUGCUGUUAUCAACAUGGUAACUUGACUUAGCUUGCUUUAACAGAAGCAAAAUCACUUGUAAAUGACAUUAUAUAGAUAUCCUAUAAAUUAUGUUUAAAAGUCGAUAUAUUUUACUAAGACUGACCACAAGGCUUUGACAACUAACACGCCCUUUACUUCAGAGGAGGGGCUGUGGGAUGACAUCUUUAAAGCACUGUAAAACUGUUGCAGUCGUACUGUUUGGCAAGUAAAUAAAACUUUUGAAUUGAUUACCUA